AUCACAUCAAAGAGAGAGAUAAGAAGCAAUGUCCUGCCUGAAGGGUUUCAGUGUUUUUAUCUCCUGUCUGGUCCUCCUCGCUGUCCAGCUGAGUCAUGGCUCUGAGAUUAUCGGUGGGAAGGAAGUGCAGCCUCCUCACUCGCUGCCUUUCAUGGCUCUGUCACUGAGUCCACCCUGCGGAGGAGUACUGAUCCAUCCAAAAUGGGUCCUGACAGCCGCCCACUGCCUUGGCAUUAAGAAGGUGUUACUUGGGGUGCACUCCAUAAAGGAAAAGGAUUCCAGGCAGGUCAUCAAGGUUAAGAAAAGUUUUCCUCAUCCCUGCUUUGAUGACAAAGAAGGGGACAAUGACCUCAUGCUGCUCAAGCUUGACAAACCAGCGAAGCAAACUGACACAGUGAAAAGUCUCCCGCUGGGAAACACUGUCAAAGAACCAGCAGCUGGCACAAGCUGCAUGGUGGCUGGAUGGGGGAAAACAAACAACAAAGUCGAUAAAAUGUCAGAUGUCUUGAUGUCCGUCAAUGUGACUGUGAUCGACAGAGUGAAGUGCAACUCUCCUGAAUAUUACAAUUUCAACCCCAUUAUCACCAAAAACAUGAUAUGUGCUGGUUCAGAUGGUAAAAAGGCUGCUGAUACCUGUGGGGGGGAUUCAGGAGGCCCACUGUUGUGCAACAGAGCGCUUGUUGGUGUCACUUCUUUUGGAAGGAAGUGUGGCCUAAUGAAAAAACCUGGAGUCUACUCUUUUCUGUCAGAGAAACAGCUCAUCUGGAUCAAAAAUACAAUGAAGAAGUCUGAAAUAUGAGAUACAUGCUAAUUAUUCUGCUUCAUACCACGUUGAUCUUCUUUCAUGUAACAACCACUUUAUUUUCAAUAGAUGUACUUUAUAUAAAAGGGAUUUACAUUUUUAUGUUUUUGUGAUUUUUUGGAGAGUCACAGACACAUCUUUAAAGCUAAUUGUUUGCAAAAAAAUGUUGGCAUUUAACAUUUCUGCUAACAACGAAUACAUCACAUUUGGAUGUAAAGUGAUGUAAUAUAAAUGAUGACUUUGUUAUUGAGAGGUGGAGGGAAUACCACUUCCUUCAUCAAAAGCUCAAGUCUUGUGGAAAGAUUUUGUAUGAAGAUUCAUUCUUAGGCAAGUCUCAUUAUUUCCACAUUAUUGAUUCUUAUCAUCAUUAUUGCAUGAAAACCUCAAACCAGUAACAUUUUUCUUCAGUCUUCAGGGCAGAGACAUUUCUUUCUUAUUAUUUGUGUAACUUUCACAAUGCAUUCUCAAAACAGUAGCUCUUGAUUUCACAUCUUCAUGGCAUCAUAGAUUUGUGUUUCAGUUCUCUGGUCUCAGGUCAUGUGAAAUCACUGUUAAAAUUAAAAACCUUUGAUGACUGA